CGCGAAGGGAAAAUCAAAAUAUUUGUAAAUAUAAGGAUAUUUGAAAAUUAUGCAGCUGUCAUCUGGAAUUAUGUUGCCUGUAUGUUUCAGCGCUUCCCAACGGUAGUAUCGGUUACGUACUUUUUUGUUCAGACUGAUCUCUGGAUCUAAGAACUUAUUUAUACUGAUUGUAAACAACCGUCACUGAUCGAGCUCGGUCCGUCCACUUUCUAAACAUCAACAUGCCGAUCACAAGAGUGCCAAUUGUCCACAAAUUUGGGAUUAUAUCCCAGAGCCAACGAGAAGAACUCCAAGAACGGUUGAUGAAACAGGCUUUUAAACAAGGCGUCAGUAGUGAUAAUCGACGUACAACACGAAAUCCACUAGACAUCACCGAUGAUUUUAUCUCCCAGUACAACUCUGCAUCAACACAUGAUGAAAAAAAGAGAGUUGAUGACAUAGCCACAAAGAUGAUAUCAAGAUCCAGGAGAAGAGCUGGAAUCAAAGAUGGUGGUCAUGGCAAUCAUGUUGAUUUACCAAGAGCCUGGUCUGAGUUAUCCAUAUUGGCACAGUGCCAGGGAAAAGUACAGGAAGAGGCCUUAGAUAUAUUGAUCACAUCGUUAGACCAAGCCCCAGUUAUCAGAGGUCACAUUCCCAGUCUUUUCUUCUUAGCUGAGACGACGCUAUACUGGUUGAGAACAGACGCUAUGACUCAGCCGUAUCUACGGAGUGGAGAAAUCAAAUUACUCAAGAUGGGUCAUUUGGUAUUCACAAGACUAUUCUAUCACCAUAUGUCAGGACAUCUACACGGACACUCCGAGUUCAAAAACCGACUGGUGGCUUACUUAGAAGGUUUCAGUGACUGCCAGGAAGCAUACAGUCCGUAUCCCGGUGCACAUCUCUCAUUGAGAUACAUAUCAGAGGUUGGUAAGAUGAUAAUUGGUGACCACAAAGCCGAUCCCGGUGAAAUCAAAGAAGCCGACAAAAUAGCUGAUGAACAAGCUGCUUACAAAUAUUUUAUUUUUUGUUGGGUCACAGGUCAUAGUAGCUGGAGCUGGAGAAUCAGAUACGCUGCAGUGCAGGGACUGGUCAAAAUAUGCCGUUGUUGCCAAGGAGACAAAGCACGGGAAGGUUUACGCACAGUUGCGUGGAAUGCAUUAAUGCGAUGUAGCAGCAAGGAAAGAGAUGAUAGAGUCUUAGAAGCGCUUAAAGUAGGCCAGGUUGAAGCUGAUCUUGAAGCAAAGAGACAAGAAGGACUUAUUGAUUCACCCAUUGAGAACCUCAAUGCAAAACUCGCUGCAGGCCUUGCGAGUAUCUACUUGCCACCCCUACCACCUCCAGUAGAAUCACCAAAACCCCAUCAGUAUAAAACAAGAAGUAGAAAAACACCAUCACCUACUGUUCAAUCCCCAGGAAGAGUUCAAGUCAGACCAACAUUAAGAGAGGAGAUUAUGCUUUCCAUGGCACUGUAUGAAUCACCUGUCGAGUACAACACAAGGACAUCGCUAGAUUUGAAGAGAAUCGUUGAAGACCAGUGGCGGAAGGAGCUACAGAAGAAACUAGACGAAGAAGAGAAAUUUAAAGAGAAAGAACUGGAAGAAAAACGUGAGCAAGAAGAAAAACUACAGAAAGAAAUUGAAACUAAGCGCGAGGAGAAACUUAAUAAGAGAAGUCAUUCUGCAAAAAGCUCUCAUAAAUCCAGUCACUCUGUAAAGUCUCCAUCUGUCUAAAGUGGCAUCUUGUUCCCAGAAAUACUUUCUAAAUGUAACAUCAAUAAUAUGCGCUGUACUGUUUAUGUUUAUUAUAAACCACUCCAUCUUUAUUUGUGUAAUUUUAUGUACUUAUGCAAAUGGAAAUUACCCUUUUUUGAUUGCAUUGUGUUUAAAAUAUACAGUUGCAGACAAUUCAAAUUUUGGUUGAAGAUAUUUCUGCAAUGCAUGUAUUGAGAGACGAUAUAUUAACUUUGUUUUGAUAGCAGAAAAGUUUCUAAUAACAAAUUAUUACAUUUUAUCACAUUUUUGUAUACAUAUUGUAAUUAUUGUGAAUAUUUUUUUAAUGAGCAGAUCUCAUAAAAUGUGUAUAUUUUCUGUUUUUACACUCUCUCUGUAUAUCAUAUCAUAUCAUACCCUUGUAAUAUAUAAGUUUAUCAAAUAA